GGUAUCCUUUCUCCAGCUAUAUAAGGCACUCAGAGCUGCACAAGCCCGACACGGUUCCUGUGCGCCUCAGAAGCGCCGCCAAAAACACGCAGCAGCAGCUCCGGCCGCGCUAAGGGAAUAAAGGAAGCAGCCCCCAGAACAUCCGAGCAGCUGCAUACCGGAGCUGAGAGAAAAACCGAGGUUCCAUUUGCAGCUGCCCUCCCCAGUAGCCUUAAAGCACAACCCGGGAGUGUCAGGAUGACCUGCCCUGCUGCGACCUGGCUCCCCGUCUCCUUCCUCCUGGUGUUGUGCGUCACAGACUCGUCGUCCCUCUUCAUGCCGGACUCCGAGGAGCUGCGGAAGCUGCUGAGCCGCUACGAGCAGGAAGCGGAGCAGGGGGGCGCCGAGGGCCCGGCCGGGAACAGAAGCAAACGGGCCAUCCUCUGGUCGGACCGCGAGGAGAUCCUCCAGCUGCACAACAAGCUGAGGGGCAGCGUCUACCCCACAGCCUCAAACAUGGAGUACAUGGUUUGGGACGAGCAGCUGGAGCGGUCAGCCACUCAGUGGGCAGAGGAGUGCCAGUGGGACCACGGGCCUCAGGACCUGCUCAAUUCUAUUGGACAAAACCUGGCGGUUCAUUGGGGAAAAUACCGUUCACCUGCUUUCCACGUCCAGGCCUGGUACGAUGAGGUGAAGGAUUACACCUACCCAUACCCUCAAGAGUGCAAUCCCUGGUGUCCAGAACGUUGCUCCGGGCCCAUGUGCACCCAUUAUACCCAGCUGGUCUGGGCCACCACAAGCCGAGUGGGCUGCGCCGUGCAUGUGUGUCCAAGGAUGAACGUGUGGGGAGAAAUAUGGGAGAACUCUGUUUACCUUGUAUGCAACUAUUCCCCAAAGGGAAACUGGAUCGGAGAGGCCCCAUACCAGCAUGGCCGCCCUUGUUCACAGUGUCCUCCCAGCUUUGGGGGAGGAUGUAGAAACAACCUUUGCUAUAAAGACUCUCAGCGCUCGGAGACGGAGGACAUGAACGAGGUGGAGAAGCCUCAGGUGCCACUGCCGCCUCGGACCACCUCUAGACCGGCCCCUAAACCGCCAAAGAAACCAAUAUCCAAUCCUUCCAGUCCAAAGGCAGCCACACCAAGAGCACCAUCUUCAAGGACUCCCAGCAGCACCUAUUUUGCUCACAACAUCAAGUGUGAAACUAGGCUGCGUGAUAAGUGCCGAGGAGCAACCUGCAACAGACACAAAUGUCCAGCUGACUGUCUGAAUAAAAAGGGGAAAGUUUGGGGAACCAUCUCAUAUGAUGUGCAAUCAAGCAUUUGCCGCGCUGCCAUUCAUGCUGGGGUUAUCGACAACAACGGAGGGCUGGUUGACGUCACAAGGAAAGAGAGGUCUCCAUUCUUUGUCCGAUCCACAAAGAAUGGCAUCGAGUCCCUCAGUAAAUAUAAAUCUGGAAAUUCCUUUGUGGUGGCAAAAGUGGAAGAAUACACUGCUGACUGCUACACCACCGUGGCUGAAAUCUGCCCUUUCAAAAGACCACUUUCACACUGUCCAAGAGUUUUCUGUCCAGCCAAUUGUAAGACUCAGCCUUCAUAUUGGGCCCCAGUGAUUGGCAACAACAUCUAUGCAGACAGUUCCAGCAUUUGUAAAGCAGCCGUCCACGCAGGGGUAACCAAAGCAGAUGGAGGCUUUGUGGAUGUUUUGCCCCUCGAAAGGAGAAAGAGCUAUGCUGGACUCCUGAAAAAUGGCAUCCAAUCUGAAAGCAAAAGCAACACCGAUGGAGACUCCUUCCGACUUUUUGCAGUCAAGAUGUAAAACUCCUGAAGUCUGAUGUCUAAACUCAGCUGGCCAAAAAAUAUAUAUGAGCAACUUACAGGUUUGACACAGUGGUUGUUCAUUUGUGUGUUGAGUCCCUCAUAGAUUCCUGUCGAAUUGAACUCACCCAUAAAAAUUCUCUAAUAUCAUUUAACAUUUUGAUGGACUUUUUUGUACUCAUGUUUCCAUGGAGAUGCAUAAUCUAUGAACACAGGAUGUUUUUUUGCCAAAGAAUUGAACAGCUGGUGCUGAAAUGGUCAGAGAGAAAGUUUUAUGUUUACAUUUAUGUUAUUACAAAUAUCAAAUAUACAAGGAUUUUUCAUUCACAGGAGUGUAUACUGAUCACACUGUAUGUAAUCACUGUACAGAUUAUAUGAUGUUUUGUUUUUAAAAAACAAUUACAGUUCUACAAGCAGAUUCAUAUAUAUAUGUGUGUGUGUAUGCUGUAAUUUUUGACAAACCUUUGUUCUCCUGGUUUAUGUAUGCAUAUGUGCUUUAGAGAAUUUAGACUGUGAAGCCAUAUCAAGGUCUAAAUAGGGUUUAAAUUCAAGAGGUGAGCUUAUGUGUUGCAGGUUUUGAAAUCGGUUGCAAUAUCACAAACAUCUUUUACAUGUCAAAUUUCAUAUUUAUUAUUGCUUAGCACCUUCCUAAUUUCUUAAUUUCUCUUGCCCUUAUUUUUUAUUCACAAAUAAAGUAAUAGCCCCUUCCACCUAAGACAGUUGAAUGUGUUGCAUGUUUCAGGUACAGAGAGGGUUCCUUUUUAAAAGAGUGUGAAUGUGUGUAUGAUUUGUAUGAUCAAACUGCAGCAAAUGCACUUUGGAGUAAUUGAAGCACGCACAGAAUACACCUGUACGAUGUAUCAGUAUACUGGAGCCUAGAGCUGUUGUGUGCUCAAGCCCAGAUUCAAUCUUUUUUCACCCUCUGUUAACAGGUGUCAGAUUUGCAUUUCAUAAUUUCUGUUGUGUAGUAGUAAAAAUGACCUCUUUGUGAAGAUUAGGAGUGGGGGAUUGGGAACGGGGGUGGGGGGGAGUACAUUAUGUUAGCAGAACUGGUCCAAAAGCACAGUAGAAACGUUUAAAUUUUGUUGGUCCCUGUUGUUUUUCUAAAGGUACAUGCCUAUAGAUUUGUGUUCAGAGUUCAAGCCAAGAAAAAAACAUUAGCUGUAUUCCAACUUCCUGUUUCUUUAUUCUACCUCAAUCCUAUCGCUACGCGGAGCAUUUAGAUCUUUCCUUUAUGAGAACAAUUCAUUGAAAAUGCUACAGGUUUGGCAAAAUUAUAGAAAAUGUAAAUACUUUGUUCUUUGUACUUCAGUCAUUGUUUGGUAAGAUUAUGGUUAUGUGAACUUGUGUUUUGAAUUUGUUAUAUUCUUUUUGCACAAUUUUAAAAUAAAGUAUGUUUUACAAAUA